CACCCACCAAUCCCCUCCGCUAGCUGCUGCUGGGGGCGCUUGUCUUCUUCUUCUCCGUCUCGCCGAUUUUCGGGAUAGGCGCGGCCUUAUCCCCCCGCACGCAAUCUCCCCCCGCGCGCGGCCACACAUUCUUCGUCGCAUCCUCUGCUGCGGCUGGAACAAUCUCGCGUCCUCCGAUCCUCGCCUGGUUGUAUUGGAUUCUUCCGCCCGGGCGCUGCUAGCUGCUGCUGCCGCGGUGUUUGUUUAUAGUCCAGUACCGGUCCAACGGGACGCGCCCUGUCCACGCAUCCAUCACCAGCCGUGAGGCCCGGCCACAAGGGGACUACGAUUCAUACAAGACCCACUGCCACACCCACCACCACCAGAGCUCUCCUCGUCUGCCGCCGCGGACCGGGGAAUUUUCGAGGGCUGGAUUUGUGCCCAGGCCUGUUGCAUCUGUAUCUUAUCGAGGGUUUUUUUUUUGUUGGCCGCGGGGGAAUUGGUUGGUUGCUUCAGGGGGAGGAGAAGAGGAUAGUUCGGAUCUCUGGCGACGAUGUCGGUGCUGGCUGAUCUGCUCGCGGGGGUCUUCCGGGAGCCCACCCUCGCCGGGGUCGCCAGGGAGCUCGCCACCCUCGCCGCGCCGCUCUGGCUCGCCGUGCUCGUCGGCCUCCUCAUCGGCUGGGCGUGGCGCCCUCGCUGGGCCGCCGCCGUCCAGCAGGAGAACCCUGCGCCGCCCGCUCUGGCCCAUAAUACUUCCGCCGCCGCCGCCGGGGAAUCAUCAGCCUCAGCCUCAGCCUCAGCCGUCGUGCCUAGAGCUAAGGUGGCUUCUGUGGCCCCGGUCGAGGACGAGUUACCGGUGAACACUGCCGAUUUGAUGCACCUCCGCAGGGUCGUCGAGGAGAAGGACGGCGGGCCGGCGUGGAUACACAUGAUGGAACGCACGUUGCCCACCAUGAGGUAUCAAGCCUGGCGAAGAGACCCCGAGAAUGGCCCGCCACAGUACCGCAGUAGCACUAUCUUUGAAGACACAUCGCCGGACGUUGUUCGGGAUUUCUUCUGGGAUGAUGAGUUCCGGAUGAAGAACACUUGGGAUGACAUGCUUCUACAGCACGAGAUAUUGGAGCAGUGCACAAAGACUGGGACAAUGGUUGUCCGCUGGGUCAGGAAGUUUCCAUUCUUCUGCAGCGACAGGGAAUACAUUAUCGGGCGCAGAAUAUGGGCAUCUGGAAAGACGUAUUACUGCGUAACCAAGGGUGUGCCUCGUCCCUCUGUUCCAAGGAGCAGCAAACCUCGUCGUGUGGAUUUGUACUACUCUAGUUGGUGCAUCCGUCCAGUUGAAUCGAGAAAUGGUGAUGGUGCAAUGACCGCAUGUGAGGUCCUCCUGUUUCAUCAUGAAGAUAUGGGGAUUCCAUGGGGAAUCGCAAAACUUGGUGUGCAGCAGGGGAUGUGGGGCUGCGUUAAACGGAUAGAGCCUGGCCUUCGGGCAUACGAAAUUGCAAGGACCACUGGCGAGCCCCUUUCAAAAUACGCUGCCAUGGCACACGCCAACACAAAGUUCAUCGCCGAUGAGCUCAUCAGUGCAGAAGACAACAACGAUGCCGGUUCAACCAGCAACAAAGCUCUAGCUGAGAAGCCAAAGCACUGGACAUGCAACAUACCCAAAGUCUUCCUGAUAGGUGGCGCGGUCGCCCUGGCUUGCACCUUCGACCAGGGAUUACUGACCAAGGCAGUCAUCUUCGGCACGGCGAGAAGAUUUGCAGGGCCGGGAAGGAGAUAGGAACGUGGCAUCAACAAUCCAUACCGUGCUUGGUGCGCACAUUGUUCUGAUGAACAAAUGAGCAAUGCUAGUAUUUCAGUCUAGUUAUGCUUAUGCUGCAGAUAAGGAUGGGUUUGUUAAUGUUAGAUCAGUUCAGAGAUAGAUCUAGUGCAAAAAUCAGAAAACAAAAAACGAAGCAUAUGCAAGCAGGCCUGGACAUACUGCUGUAGCUGUAGUUUGUGAGGCUCAGAACUAGCAGGCUAGAAUAGAAGCAUCAUAAAUGAGACAUUUGGAUGUUGAGACAAAGCCAUCAUGUGUACAAUGAAUGUAUAAGGCUGAUAUUCCUGGGGUGCUAUAAAAUAUAGUGCUUUUGUUAGUUAAUAACAAGAAUUCUUGCUUUCGUCGCCUA